AUGGAUCAAGAGUUUCCAGAGAUACUGGAUGAUCAAGACAGUAUGGGAGAGUCUGGUGAAGGUCUGUUUGCGAGGCCCAGUUGGCACCGGCUUCUCCAGAUUGAGUUCGCCAAGCAGAACGAGCUAUUUGAAGCGAUGAGCACGCAGAUGAUGGCGACACUGAAGGAGACCCUCCAAGAGGAGUUGGCGUUGAAGAGCCCCCUGGGAUUGCAUCAUCGGGGUGGCGCGGCCAUGCGGCACGUGAGGACAGACGUAGACGCUGGCAGUCCCAGUAAGCUGUCGAAGGUCAUAUCCGGGCACUCGGCAGACUCCUUGGGCGUCCAGUCCCUGCCUUUGGGGAUGAAGUACGCGUCAGAGGUCCCUGUGACUCCAAUGCCAGACAAGAACGCUGGCGCUGCCGUCAGCAGCACAAAUUCCUGGGAUUCCAUCUAUCAGCACAAAGACUUCCGCGCAUCGAGGAGAAAGGCCCAGGCGGCCGCCAAGAAGAUCUCCGAGCUCCGGGGGGGCGCAUCGUCUCUGGGCCUGAUAGGCGAAUAUGAUGACCCGAAGGUCUCCGAUUCGUGGUCGCUUCGGACAGUACGAUCGGGUGCGUUCCGGGCUGGCGUUCCCGUCGUCAUUCUCAUCAACUUGAUCCUUCUUGGGGUGGAGGUGGACCAGUCUGCGAAGCUGCCGCCAAACGCUCAGAUGCAUGGGUUUCAGGUUGCGAACAUGGUGAUCGUGUGCUUCUUUCUGUUCGAGAUCCUCCUCAAGCUGCAUGCCUACGGCGGCAGAGCAAUGUUCUUCGGUAAAGACAAGUGGUGGAACUGGUCGGAUCUGUUGAUUUUCUCGAUGUCUGUCUUCGAGAUUAUUGGAGAAGCGAUGGCUUCCGUCGUGUUCGCCACGCAGAUGGAUCCAACCCAGCUCCGCACAAUGCGCUUCCUUCGAAUGGCCCGAGCGCUGCGCGGAGUCCGAGUUCUGCGGUUGCUGCAGUACCUCAGCGCUCUCCGCACGAUUGUGUUCUCCAUUGUCAGUACCAUGGGGUCCGUGUUCUGGACCUCAUUGCUGCUGGUGAUCCUUUUCUAUCUCUUCGGCGUCCUGAACACACAGCUCGCCACCGACCACUGCCGGGCAAUAGAACAUGCAGAGGUUCCACAGACAUGCGACCCUGAGCUGCUGAGAUUCUGGGCAAACGUGCCGCUGUCCAUGCUGACCCUGUUCCUGGCCAUCACAAACGGCAUCAGUUGGGACGAUUGUCUUCAGCCCCUGGCUGAAGUAUCCAGGGUGGCCUUUCCCAGCAUGAUCAUCUACAUAGUUAUCACGGUAUUCGCUGUGUUGAACACAGUCCGUGGAUAA